ACGAAGGAGACGAAUUGCCCCAAUACACAUACACACACAACCAAAAAAAAAAAAAAGAAAAAGAAAAAGAAACCGAGAGUCGAGUUAUAGAGAGGUGUGUGAUUUUUAUUAACCGAAUCCGAUUUCUCUCUCUCUCUCUCUGGAGGGGCUAAGGGGAAAAAAAAUCAAUUUAGACAGUUGAAAUCGAGGAGGUUCCCGCCAUGGUGGCGAAGCUCGAACAGCCUCAGGACGAUCCCGUCGAGACGACCAAGUCUCUGAUCUCUGCUCUCAACUACGUCUCUAGAAACCUUCCUUUGCCCCCUCACCUUCACGCCGCCGUUUCUUCCAUCUACUAUGCCUCCUCCGAAGACGCCUCCGCCGCUUCUCCUCCUCCGGAAAACUCUUCUACCCCCUUGGGAGGUGAUUUGAUGAGGGAGUUCGAGGAGGCGCUGUUGAAGCAGCGACCCAGAUGCGAAUCGGGCUCUCAUUUGACCAAAUUACAAGAAAAUCGAUAUCAGAGCCAUAUCAAACACCGGCUAUCUGAACUUGAAGGAUUACCUUCCAGUAGAGGAGAAGACUUGCAGGCAAAAUGCUUACUCGAGCUUUAUGGGCUGAAGCUAAGAGAGUUGCAAUGCAAGGUUCGAGCUGAGGUGAGCUCAGAAUACUGGCUGCGUUUGAAGUGUGCACAUCCGGACAAGCAACUAUAUGACUGGGGAAUGAUGCGAUUGCCUCGUCCAUUUUAUGGGGUCAGUGAUCCAUUUGCUAUGGAAGCCGAUGAUCAGUUCAGAAAGAAGCGUGAUGCUGAGAGGUUAUCGCGAUUAGAGGAAGAGGAGAGGAAUCUGAUUGAAACUGCAAAGAGAAAGUUUUUUGCAGAAGUACUCAAUGCAGUUCGUGAGUUCCAGUUGCAAAUUCAGGCGUCUCAAAAACGACGUAAACAAAAGAAUGAUGGGGUCCAGGCAUGGCAUGGAAGACAAAGGCAGCGUGCCACACGAGCUGAAAAACUAAGGCUCAUGGCGCUUAAAUCUGAUGAUCAAGAGGCAUACAUGAGACUAGUGAAGGAGAGCAAGAAUGAAAGGCUAACCACUCUUCUAGAGGAGACUAAUAAGCUCCUUGUUAAUUUGGGAGCUGCUGUUCAGCGUCAGAAAGAUGCUAAGCUUUCAGAUGGCCUUGAAGUUGAACCGCUGAAAGGUUCAGAAUCUGAAUUAUCUGAGGCCGAUGUUCCAAAGAGUGAAACACCACAGGAAGUACUUCCUGACCAAGAUAUCGAGAUAAUUGAAUCUGACAAUAAUGAUGACUCUAGUGAUUUACUAGAAGGCCAGAGGCAGUAUAACUCGGCUAUCCAUUCAAUACAAGAGAAGGUGACUGAGCAACCAUCUCUUCUUCAAGGUGGGGAAUUAAGAACCUACCAGUUAGAAGGGCUUCAAUGGAUGGUCUCUCUGUUCAACAAUAACCUCAAUGGAAUCUUAGCUGAUGAGAUGGGUUUGGGGAAAACGAUCCAAACAAUAUCACUUAUUGCAUAUCUUUUGGAGAAUAAGGGUGUGACCGGACCACAUUUGAUAGUGGCCCCAAAAGCUGUUUUACCGAAUUGGGUAAAUGAAUUUGCAACAUGGGUACCCAGCAUUGCAGCUUUUCUUUAUGAUGGACGGAUAGAUGAGAGAAAAGCUAUGAGGGAAAGAUUAGCAGGAGAAGGAAAAUUUAAUGUGUUGAUAACACACUAUGAUCUUAUCAUGAGGGAUAAAGCAUUUUUGAAGAAAAUUGACUGGUACUACAUGAUUGUUGAUGAAGGACAUCGGCUGAAGAACCAUGAAUGUGCACUUGCAAGGACUCUUGUAUCUGGCUACCGUAUUAAACGCAGACUUUUGUUAACCGGGACACCCAUACAGAAUAGUCUCCAAGAACUAUGGUCAUUGCUUAAUUUUCUCCUUCCUCACAUCUUUAACUCAGUUCAGAAUUUCGAGGAAUGGUUCAAUGCUCCUUUCGCAGAUCGUGGUAAUGUCUCUCUCACGGAUGAAGAGGAGCUGUUGAUUAUUCAUCGGUUACAUCAUGUUAUAAGGCCAUUCAUACUGAGAAGGAAAAAAGACGAAGUUGAGAAAUUCCUUCCUGGAAAGACACAAGUCAUACUGAAAUGUGAUAUGUCAGCAUGGCAAAAAGUGUAUUACCAACAAGUUACAGAUGUAGGCAGAGUUGGCCUGCAAACCGGAUCCGGUAAAUCAAAGAGUCUGCAGAAUUUAUCGAUGCAACUAAGGAAAUGUUGUAACCACCCAUACCUUUUUGUCGGAGGAGACUAUAACAUGUGGAAGAAACCAGAGAUCGUGAGAGCAUCAGGCAAAUUCGAGCUCCUAGAUCGGCUUCUUCCAAAACUUCGUAGAGCUGGACACAGAGUCCUUCUCUUCUCACAAAUGACUCGUCUGAUGGAUGUUCUCGAGAUUUACUUGACUGUCAACGAUUUUAAGUACCUCAGGCUGGACGGUACCACAAAGACAGAGCAAAGAGGGCUUUUACUGAAGCAAUUCAAUGAGCCGGACUCUCCCUAUUUCAUGUUUCUAUUGAGCACACGUGCCGGAGGACUCGGAUUGAACUUGCAGACAGCAGAUACCGUGAUUAUAUUUGAUAGUGACUGGAAUCCCCAGAUGGACCAACAGGCAGAGGAUCGUGCCCAUCGAAUAGGACAGAAGAAGGAAGUCAGAGUGUUUGUGCUGGUCAGUGUUGGGUCGAUUGAAGAAGUGAUCUUGGAGCGUGCAAAGCAGAAGAUGGGUAUUGAUGCCAAAGUCAUCCAAGCUGGACUUUUCAACACAACAUCCACUGCCCAAGACAGAAGAGAGAUGUUGGAGGAGAUCAUGAGGAGAGGAACAAGCUCACUUGGGACCGAUGUGCCGAGUGAGAGAGAGAUCAAUCGGCUUGCAGCUCGUUCCGAGGAGGAGUUUUGGAUGUUUGAACGGAUGGAUGAGGAGAGGCGUCAGAAGGAAAACUACAGGUCCCGACUCAUGGAAGAGCACGAAGUACCCGAGUGGGUAUACACCACUCAAAGCCAAGAAGACAAGGCCAGAAUCGCCAAGAAUGACUUCUCCAUCAAUGUCACGGGUAAGCGGAAACGUAAAGAAGUCGUUUACAGCGACUCAUUGAGUGAUUUACAGUGGAUGAAAGCUGUGGAGAGCGGCGAAGAUGUGAAUGCACUCUUUGUGAAGCGAAAGAGGAGAGACGAGAAUAUGAACACACCUACGAGUAAUGGCUCAGUGGUAGAGAGAAAUGUGACAGAGUCGAACAACAAUUUCCCAGCUGGGAGCCAAGGAACCAGCGGAGAAGAAGAGGAUGAUGAUGAAGAAGUAACGACUGAGAAUAGUGAAAAACAGGAAGAAGAGGGUGGUGGUGAAGAAGAAGAAGAAAGUGGUAAGAAGCCUCUAUUCACGUGGAAUACUCACAGGAAGAAAAGGUCGAGAUACUCUUUCAUGACUUCUUCUUCUGAAUCAAGAGGCCAAAGUUCCAAUGGAAGUAGAAGAAACUGAACAUGAAAUCGCCCAGUUGAAAGUUUGGUCAUCUUCUUCUUUCACGUGUCAUGUCUUAUCAUUGUUUUUUUUUUGUGGGCAUUCUUCUUGCCUCUGUACCUUUGCCUAUGAUAACAUUUUCUUGUCCUCAAAUGCGUUAUUUUCAAACACGUGUUAA